UUAAGCUGUGAUGGUAAGCAUCAUAAGCCGACCAACUCGCCAGCUGAGAUUUUGCCCUGCAAGGGUUCUUUUCCUUGCGCCCAACCCGUCUGCGUUGCUUCUCCACGUGCUUUAAUCUGCACAUUUGUUCGAAGGGAUCAUCCAUGACCCUAGCUUGAGUCGCAUUACGGUCUCCCUGUAAUUUGGGGUAAUUGGUGCGGGGAGUUAGCCCUUACAGCAUCGCUCUUGCGGACUCCGCAGCGCGAAUGGCUCCGCGUCGGCGCAGCGCUAGGGCUCUGGUAGCAGACUCCACCGAUGAGGAGCAGGAGCAUGUUGCCGGGGCCAGCGGCGAGCGGGCAGCAGCGGGCUCAGGCCAUGGCGUGGCCGCACCGGCAGGGCCUGAGCCCCACUCCGCCCCCUCGAGUGAAAUCACUCCCACCGGCGACUCCACCCAGGGUAGCGAUGAUAGCUCUAGUGAUUCAGAUGGCGACGGCGAGGAGGGCGAGGAGGAGGAGGAGCUAGUAGGGCCCCUGGCGCCGCCCGAGGGCACGGAUGAGGAGGGCGAGGAUGAGGAGGAGCCGUCCUACGUCGAUGACGGCACAGACCCAAUGGAAGAGGACGAGGACGAGGAUGACGAGGAAGAUGAGGACGAGGAUGAGGAUGAUGAGGACAGCGACAAUCGGCGGCCGGUCAGCAUCCAGGAGUUCCUGGCAUGGCGGAUGCUGGGACGCGUGCCGGACUCGGUGCGAGCGCGGGACGACACCCAGCGGAGGUACACGCCCUAUGAGGCCGCCGAGCCGCAAUCGCUGCCUCGCACCACCGACCUGUGGCACCACCUGGCAGUGGGAACGGGGCCGGCGCCGCCGCCGCGCCGCAACCGCGCCGCGCACUUUGACUCGUACCUGGAUGUGAGUGCUGACGCGGCGCUGCAGGCGUGUCGCACGGCGCCGUACGGCCGACACACACGGCAGAGGCUGUUGGCGGCUGCCCGCUCCCAGCCGGCGGCGCUGGCAGCCAUGUGCUAUCUGGGCCCGCGGGCCGGCGGCGGCACCGACCCGGCGGCGGCGGAGGCGGCGGUGCGCACCAUGGUCGUGGGGGCGGCGGCGGCGGCGGCGGGUACGGCGGCGGGUGGUGACGUCGGCACCAGUGGCGGCGGCGGUGUUUGUGCGGGUGCUGGCGGGGGUGAGGCUGCGGCGGCGGCGGCGGCUGUGGCGCCCGCAUUCGCGUCACCGGGCAGUGGUGGCGGCGGGCCGGUGACACGUGCCGCGGCGGCGCGCGCCGCCGCCGCCGCCGCGGCGACCUCCGUCGCCAGCGCCAUUGGCAGGGUCUUCUCCGGCGGCGGCUCUGGCGGCGGCGCCGCCGCCGGGUCCGCUGGGCCCGCCUCCGGCUCUGCUGGCGGCGCCGCCUCCGCAGCAGCACCCGCAAUGGCGGCGCUGACCUUUGCGCCGCCGCCGCCGCCCGCCGGCUACCUCUGUGGCGUGCCUGCUGUGUCGGCGGCGCGGCUGCUGCUGCGGCGGGAGCAGGGCGAGGCGGCGGGGGUGGCGGGCGGCUGGAGCGGGGCGCAGCGGCGGCACCUGGCCUGCAACAGCGCCCUGCCCAGGCACCCGGCCGCUAUUGUGGACUCCCUCGACAGCCGCGCCUACAUCGGCCAGUUCAGCGACAACGGCCAGUUCUUUGUGGCGGCCUUCCAGGACCGGCGUGUGCGGCUGUACGACGUGGAUCAGGGCUGGCGGCUGCGUAAGGACAUCACCACGCGCAUGUGCAGGUGUCGCUUUGUCAUCUACAGCUCCAUCAUCCCCGUGGUGCACCUGGUGGAGGUGGGCAGCUCAUUCGAUUGCGUUAACUCCAUCGCCAACAUCACAGAGGUCCACGAGCCGCUCAGCUUUGACGACACACAGCGCGGACCCAACGACGACUUCAGACUGGGGCGGAGCUUUGGCAUCUGGUCGGUCCAGUGGUCGGGCGACGGGCGGGAGAUUGUGGCGGGCACCAACGACCAGUCGGUGGUGGUGUUGGAUGUGGAGACCAAGCGAGUGGUGGCGCGGGCGGAGGGGCACCAGGACGACGUGAACGCGGUGACCUACGCCGACGGCUCCCCAAACGUCAUCGUCAGCGGCAGUGACGAUACCUUCAUAAAGGUGUGGGACCGCCGCACUAUGCCCGCCGUAUCCGGCUCCGCCGCCGGCUCCGGAGCUGCCGCCGCCGCCUCCGCCAACACCUCGCCGCGCUACGCGAAACCCGUGGGUGUGCUGGUGGGCCACACGGAGGGCCUCACGCACCUGCACAGCCGCGGCGACGGGCGCCACGUGCUGUCCAACGCCAAGGACCAAACCGCCAAGCUGUGGGACCUGAGGGCGGUGCAGGCGGGCGGCUCGCUGCGUGACGCGGCCAGUGCGGCGCGGCUGACGUCAGCCAGUAGGCAGUCCGUGCCGCAGUUCAACUGGGACUACAGGUGGCAGGAGUACCCUGCUGCAGGCCGGGUGGUGCGUCACCCGCACGACACCAGCCUGAUGACCUACCGCGGACACACGGUGCAGCACACACUCAUCCGCGCCUACUUCAGCCCGCAGCACACCACAGGCCAGCGCUUCAUCUACACGGGCAGCGUGGAGGGCGGCGUGCACGUGUACGACGUACUCACCGGGCAGGAGGUGGAGGGCUCGCCCUUCCGGCUGCACCGCAAGCUGGUUCGCGACGUGUCGUGGCACCCCUUCGACCCCACCAUGGCCACCGUCAGCUGGGACGGCACGGUGGCGCGAUGGGACGCGGUGCCGCCCGCCGGCGGCUCCGACCGCACCCAGCUGCAGGUGCCCGGCCACGACGCGUACAACGAUUUCUACUGAGCGGCAAAAAAGGAGGAGUAAGAGUAGGAGAAGGAGAAGGAGCAGAGACGGGUGCGGAAAAGCAGCAGGCGGCCGCAGCAACGGGGAUGGCGGCAGUAGAAGCAGCUGGCGGCAGUACCAGCAGCUGGCGACUGGUGGCGUGAGGCGGCUCUGCUGGCAUGCACGCAGGGAGGCACGACGCCUCUGUAAAGCUUUCAAUGCGCUGAAGGGAUUGCGGAGCCGGCGUCCGGUGGGCUGGCAGCGUCAGCAGCAAUUGUAGAAGAAUAUGGGCCGGCGUCAAGCGCAAACGCGACGCUGUGAGGGCGCAUUUUGUACGGAUACGGUUUGUGCUGGUUUUUUGUGGGACCCAGGCUUUGCUGGGCGUGUUUCGGAUUCAUUAUGUUAUCGUACAACGCGGUAGGUUGAGAUGUUGCAGAUUGGUCGGGGGGUUGACGUUCCGAGGGCUCCAGUGCUCGCAUUGCGGAUGCGCGGUAUUGGGGUCUUCGUGCGGGGACCGUGUGCAGGAGCAGCGGUAGAGGAGAGAGUGGUUUGUUUGUUUUGAGGGAAAGGUCUGUGCGUGCGAGUGCGGAUUGGUGGUUUGUAAUAUGUCCCCAGCAGGAGACUUUCACGGAACUCGGGGUUGUUGUCGGCCCCGCAGCUGCAGCCGUAGCAGGGUUGCGGGUCGCUGAUCCGGCGCAUGUCAGGUUGCUGGCGGAAGGGGGACAGGCGGCCCUGUGUGCUUGUGUCUUAUCGCAGAAUGUGCGGGAGGUCCAUGUCCUGUGCGCAUCGAGCGGGGCAGGAGGUGAGGUGGCGUGCGGGUGUCAGGCCGCACUGGACACGUGUGCAUGGGGGCGGGGCAGCGCCGCGGCGGGCGUCACUGCGUCAGGCGUGGCUCUGCAGGAGUGCGGGGUCACCACUCACCGGCUCAGCGGCACAGCAUAGCAACAGCGGUGUUGCACGCAAUCGGAUACUUCAGUACCGUACUACAUUGCGGCAUGUAAUAUGAGACGGGU